AUGUCUUGUCUAUAUAUGUUGAAGCAGAGCACGGCAGCUCCAAAGGGUAGAGGUAGCAGCCUGCGCAUCCUGAAGUUGGGUUUAUCGGCUAUUCGCUCCAUAACCGAAGUCAGGGAGGCUUUCAGUUUUGGUAUAGAUCACAUCGAUGUCCUCAUCAAUAUUGCUGGAGAGAUAUCGCCCUUGGUGCCGGCCACCGAGACUACAGCGAAAGAUUUCCUUGCAGCCUUUGAAUUGGAUAGCAUUGAGCCUCUACUAGUCUUUCAAGCUCUAUGGCUGCCCUUACAAAAGUCAUUGUCGCCAAAGCUUAUUAUGGUUACUUCUUCAGUCGGAAGCAUUGCAGAGAUUGAGCCAAUGCCCGGUGGCUCUUAUGGCCCAAGUAAGACAGCUCAAAAUUGGUUGAGAAGAGCCUUGCAUCUCGAGAAUAAAGAUUGCGGCCUGAUCACCAUUACACUUCAUCCUGGCUGA